AUAAACGCAGUACGGGGUGCCGCAGCAGCAUGAGGCGAGGCGGGCGUCCGCCGCGGACCGCCGGUGCCGCUGCCCCGCCGAGGGGCGCGCGGCGCGGCCCCCGCAGCCUCGACACCUUCGCUGCGGAAGCGGAGGCCGCGCUGAGAGCUUGCCGGGAGGGAGAGCGAGGGGCUGAGGGGGAAACCCGGGAGGCGAAGUUCCCGUGCCCGCUUGCCAUGUGGGAGCUCGGACACUGCGAUCCCAAGAAAUGCACCGGCAGGAAAUUGGCCCGGAAAGGGCUGCUCCGAACCCUGCGCCUCAGCCAGAGAUUCCCAGGCCUCGUUCUCAGCCCUCUAGCUACCGUAUGUGUUUCUCCAGCCGACAGGCAUGUCAUUGCUCAGAAUGGAAUUGCAGUCAUAGAUUGCUCAUGGGCUAAAUUAGAAGAAACUCCAUUUAAGAGAAUGAGAGGAAGUCAUCUACGGCUGCUGCCUUACCUGGUGGCUGCACAUCCUGUAAAUUACGGCCGGCCGUGCAAGCUAUCUUGUGUGGAAGCUUUUGCUGCAGCUUUUUGCAUUGCUGGAUUUCCAGACCUAGCCACGCUUCUUCUAAGGAAAUUUAAAUGGGGGAAGGCAUUUAUUGACUUGAACAAAAAUCUCUUGGAAAAAUAUGCAGCUUGUCAUUGCCAGGAAGAAGUGCUCGGGGUUGAAAAGGAUUUUUUAACCAGUGUCCAGGAAACGAGGGAAGAAGAAAUAGAUCCAUUUGAUGUUGACUCAGGAAAAGAAUUUUCUAAUCCCAAUAGACCAAUCAAUUCCCCAGGAAUAGAAGAAAGUAAUGAAGAAUCUGAGGACGAUGGUGUGAGCACUCCAGAUGACGUCAGUGAGAGCAGUAAUGAGAGCAGUCCCGAAGAAGACGGCACUGGAAAGUUUCUGCAACAGUAGCCAAUAAAACUAUUUGAACAGUUUAUAUAUAUAUAUAUAUAUAUAUAUAUAUAUACACACACUAAAAUAAGAGCACCCCAACAAUCAUAAAGAGUUGUAAUAUCAUAUAUAAAUAAAUUUUCUUGUUAACA